AUGCCGUGGAAAUGUCAACUUCUGAUAAUCCUAGCCUCCCUAACUCUAUUUUCACUCAGCCCUGUCGCCGGAAAUCCACUGGAAGACGCCUCUUCCACCUCCGGCCCUCCUGAGAGGCCCCAAAAUGACGUCCGGACGAAAACGAAAAAAACCGGAACAUCAAACACCUCAUCACCACCUCCCGGCGAUUCAGAGACACCCGCGACCUUGAUGACACCCACAUCAGCCAUCAGAAGUGUCACCGAGACCACCUGGGAGUGUCCGAACAUCACACAAAUUGGAGUUGAGUGUUUCUGCGAUUUUCCUCACACCCUCAGCUGCACAGGAGACAGAACUGCAUUGGAGAUAAUAGGUGAUCAUUUGAGAAGCAGCCGCGAAGGAAUAAUUUCUCUCCUGGAUGUCACAGUAACGGGAAUAUCAACGCUACCAUCGAGAUUUCUAGAGGGCGUUGCACUCCACGGACUCGUCAUAUCCACCGGCGAGCUCCGAAGAGUCAAUGAGAACGCCUUUACCGCAUUAGUGAGACCUCUGCAAGCCCUAGGACUCCCCAACAAUCUUCUCGAAGCUAUUCCAACAGCUGCCCUGAUGCAUCUCCAGGGACUGGAGAGACUGGAUCUGUCCAGGAAUAAAUUAAAAACCCUUGAGUCGCAAUCAUUCAAAGGCCAGUCGAGUCUCACGUAUCUCGAUCUCUGUGACAAUUUACUAUCCCAAUUGUCUCCUCAAGCGUUUGUACCGCUGAAGGUCUUGCGUUCAUUGAAGAUGAGGGGCAAUCGACUGAGUGUAUCGGCACUCUCGGCAUUGCGCGGUCUCAAGCAUCUCGAGGAACUUGAUCUGUCGAGAAAUCUUCUCAUUGGUCCCUUGGGGCCCAAUUUACUACCGUCAAUGCCACGAUUGAGGGUUUUGACGCUUUCCGAGAAUGAACUGGGAACGGUGAAACAGGGAGCACUUGGGGGACUGAGGAACUUGACGUAUCUCAGUUUAAGUCAUAAUCAGAUCGAUGUUCUGGAGGACCACGCUUUCCGACACCUCUCCACCCUGACCCGUCUGGACCUUGCCAGCAAUCAAAUAGUAGCCGUCUCCAGUGCAUCCCUAGCCCAUCUGGACAACCUAAUCACCCUAGACCUGACCCACAACUUUCUCCCCUCACUCACAAGUGACCUCAUAAUCCCCUUCCGCAACCUCCAGGACCUCCGGCUCGACGACAACGACAUCACAAUGGUGGACUCUGAAAUACCCACCUCCAAACUCAAGUUGAAACGCUUCUCCCUGUCCGACAACCCCCUCAACUGUGACUGCAACAUCUUGGAGUUCGCGAAUUGGCUGAGCAAUUCGUCCCUCGAAGAGGAGGACCGAUCGUCCGCGGUCUGCGCGACUCCCCCAGCCCUGGAGAACGGCGUCCUAACACAGGUGUCACCAGGAAGUCUUUUAUGCGGCGAGCCAACACCUCCCAUGAUGACGAAACUCCCUCAACCGCAGGUCCAGGUGACCCUCAAGGAAUUCCGUUACGACAGAAGGACAGGCGUCAAUCUCGUCUGGCGUGUGGAGUCGUGCACCGAGAGGUACACCUGCGACAACCUGAUCAUCUACGAAGUGGUGGGGGACUCCGAGAUCGAGAUUGACUCCAGUCCUCUUCACUGCGAGUCAAGCCUCAUGAGGGAUCCCUGCCAUCUACCGGUCGCCAUUCCAUCGUCCCUGGACCUGCAAAUUGGUCACAAAUAUCGGUACUGCAUCGUUCUCUUCGUGUCGACAGCCACUGAUGAGUUGACUUUGGGCCUCGGCUGCAGUGAUCUCUUGUUCCUGGAGGAGAGCAGCCCCAAGUGGGAGGAAAUAACGAGGCAGAAGGCGGCACUGGCGACUCCGACGACAGUGGCGCCACUCAAGGAGAGGAUCACUGGGGUCCACGUUAACAUCUCCGACGAGGGCUUUCUCACUGUUGACGUCAGCUUGUCCACGAAAAACGACCUGGAGAAUCUCUGCGAAGUCUCGGUGGUCAUCUUCGCUGAGGAUUCAUUCCUCCACCGAAAGAAGUUGAACUGCAGCCAACCUAGUGUCACAGUGCCAGGACUGGUACCGGGGAGGUACAAAGUCUGCGCAAGUCUGCUGGAUCCUCUCGGGGAUGAGACUUCCGGGGAAAUCGGUGGGGAGAGAUCUAGGUGUGUUGAGGUCCAGGCGUUUCGGGAAAACACCGAGAUGAUCAUUCUGGGGAUUGCUGGCGUCUCGUGUCUUGUGUUCGUCACGGUUUUUUUCAUUGGCAGGAGCUUGUUGAAGAAAUUCAGGGGACCGAGGAUUCAGACUCAGUGCUUCAUGCCUGCGCAGGAGUUUGAGAUCACUCAUAAAGCGCAUUAUAUUCAACUGUUGACUACUACUAAAGUCUGAAAUAAGUGAUUAAUUUGAAAUAAUUUCAUUGUAUAUACAGAUGUAUUCGACGAUAGGGUGUUCUAUCA